UCUUAAUUCUAAAAGCUAUUCUCUCAUAUUCUAAUUAAAUAUUUAUUUAUUUUUUGAUUAUUUAUUGUUUUUAAAAGUAAUUUAUUCUUAAUCUAUAUGUUAAAAUAUAGUUAGGUGAAAUUUUUUUUGAUUUAUUUUAAUUUUUUAUCACACAAAUUACUGAUUCUCAAAACACGCGGAUUUCAUAUCACUCUAAGUAACCUUUCAACUUCCAUUUACACUUUCUUACUCUCUUUCCUAACAUAACUUCCAAUCUCAAACUUGAUCUUUGAAACUACUUCCCUUUCAAACUUCCAUUAACGGUUUCUUACGGUUUCAUUAUCAUGUUCAAGGUUUCUCAAACUCGUUCCUUUCAUCCUCUGAUUUUAGUCUUCAACAGUUGCGCUUUCAUCAAAGGUAUGUAUUCAUUCUUCUCUCAAAGGUGGAAUUACAGUAUUCUGAUUUUAUAGUUCCAUUAAAUCUUUCAUUUUCAUUUUUUUGGGGUUAAUUGUGUUAUGUAUUAGUUGGAAUUACUAUCUUCUAUUUUUUUAUAUUAAGCUUCAUCAAUGGUGGAAAACAAUAAUGUGAAGAAGAUAAUAAUGUCUACUAUUUGGGGGAACGUAAUAAAAGCAAUUGUGGUUCUUCUGUUUUUUUUAGUAACUAAAUUUCAUAAAUGGUGGAAAAUAGUGAUGUUGAAAAAGACAAUAAUGACCUACUUUUUGAGAAAGGUAAUAAAAGCAAUUAUGGUUAUAAGUUCAUAAGGGAUAUAACCAAAACAAUUGGAGUUAUAUAUUACCUCAUUUUAAUGUUAGAUUAUAAACAUAGUAUAAUUUGGGGUUAUAAUGACAUAUAUUUGGGGUUAUAAUGACAUAUAUUUGGAGUUAUAACUUAAUAGAUUUAGAGUUAUAACAUAAUAUAUUUGUGGUUAUAACAUAAUAUAUUUGGAGUUAUAACUUAAUAUAUUUGGAGUUAUAACUUAAUAUAAUUGGGGUUAUAACAUAAUAUAUUUGUGCUCCUUGCUUUGUAAAUCACCAAAUGAACACCAUGAAGAUAAGGUUUCGACAAUCAGAGAAGUCGCUCGGAAACUUGAUAUGAGUAGAAGGCGUUCAUGCACUUUCCUAUUGUGAUAUUUCUCCCACAAAGGUGCUUGGGAUGAUAAAUGAAAUUCACAAUGAGAUACAAUCUACACAACAAAAUCUCUUUCAAUAUUAUCUCAUGAAAGGAAUAACAAGAAUAAGAGUAUUCGUAAGAGAGAAAUCAUAAAUUAUAUGAAAUUGCGAUGGAAUGUCUCUUGGCAUGCAACCUCUAUUUAUAGAGCUAUGCAUCAAACAAUACCUCAUUUUGAAACAAAAGUGUUUCACCAAACAAAGCUUUUUCACCAAGCAAAGCUUAUGAAACAAACUAAUGUUUCACCAAGCAAAGCUUACGAAACAAAGUAAUGUUUCACCAAGCAAAGCUUAUGAAACAAAGUAAUGUUUCACCAAACAAAACUUAUGAAUCAAAGUAAUGAUUCAUCAAAUUCUUUGAGGCAUUUAAUUUGGACUUAAAAUAUAUUUAUUUAGUCCCACUACUAUAGUAAGUAUGUAGUAUAUACAAAUCUAGGUCUAUAUACUCUAAAUGUUCAACAUUCUCCACCAUGAUGAAGCUUAAUUAAAAAAAAUACAAUCGAAUUCAAGCAUUAAAUCUUCCAUUGUCGUAUAAAUAACUAAUUUCUUCAUUUUUAAGGGAUAAGUUAACGUAGGGAUGAGGCAGUUAAUAAUUAAAAUUUCACAUUCCUAAGAAACCAACGGUUUAUUUAUUUAUUUUAUUUUUUAUUUUUUUAAUAAGAAAGCAACAGUUUUUUUAAAAAAAUAAAAGAAUUUAAAAGGGAGAUGUGGGCUGGACUCUUGAGGGCCGUCUUUUGUAAAGGCGGCUCUCAAGAUAAGACCUAUUUUUAUUAAUAUAAUUUUUUAUAAUUUUUAAGUACGCUUAUUAAAGAUAUUAAUGAUUAAAUUAACACAUAACACAUCGUUAAGUGUGCAAGAACAAAUAAAACAUUUAAUCACAAUAAAGGAAUUAUAAAUUAAAAUUGUUCUUGAUCUAUUCAUAUUAUAACAAUUUCAAUAAUAUGUUUAAUUUAAACAAAACAAAGCAUUGACGAAGAAAUUGUUUGAGAAAAUAUUUUUCAUGAUUUUCCUUUAUGACAUAUGAGUAGAUAUUUUAUAAUGGACCAAAACAACUAGUACUUAGUGUCGGCCAAAACUACUAAAUAUAAAUGUAUAAAUAUGAAUUCUAACACCCUCUCAAACUAAAAUAUAAAUAUCACAAAUGUUCAACUACUGACUAAAAAGUACAUGACUUAUCCAAACACAACAUUUUUUGUUAAGUCUUUAUACUUUCCUAAUUUACUAUUUAUUUCUUGUUUAACAUCAAUGCCUUAUAUAAUAAAUCAACCUAGCAUGAUAUACUCAACAUAACUUGAUUAACAAAUAACGUGCAUAAAAGCACACAAAAGAGUAGUAUUGCAUGUACGCCCCUCCUUGGCUACGCACAAGCACACAAAUAGCAUGGUAACUCUAGUUACCUUUCACGAAUUGAUGUCCUAACACAUAGAGCUUGUUUAGCAAAUUGUUGUUAGCUAAAGUUGUUGGCUGAAUUUGUUGAUUGGUUUGACUAGCUAAAUGUGUUGGCUGAAUUGAUGUGUUAGCUGAAUUUGUUAGCUAGAUGUUGUUUAGCAAAUUAUACACCAGCUGUUAUAGAGAUGUCUGAUAAAAAUUAACUAUUGACUAUUUAUUUGAGAAAAAGUAAGCUAAAAGUCAAAAUCCAAUGAAAAAAGCUACAAAGAGUAGCUAUUUGGUUUUGUCUUUAAAGUCAUUUACCAAGUAUUUUUAUUGACAGUUUGACCAGUCAAAAUAUCAAAGCCAAAAGCCAAUUAAAAAACUAACAAAAAAGUCAAUUACCAAAUAUCCCAUAAUCACAUAACAGCGCAUAAGAACAUGAGUUAAAAAACUUUCAAUACUUUCCUUUUAUGUACAAUUAACCUAAUGAGUUAUCCUAUGAAUUAAGUUUUUAAAAGUCAAUAAAAAUCAGAGCAUCACAAUCUAGUUGCCAAUUUGCCAUAUUAAACGUAUAUACAUAGACUUGUAAGCAACCAAGCUACAUACAUGCGUAACCUAAGACACACUAGCUAGUAACUAAUUAUCAGAAUUAAGAAAAUUUUUUUUUUAUGAAUAUUCUUGUUGAGAUUUUUUUUUUCUGAUUGAACAAACAAACUUAGAUUUCCAAUAUUUACAACAAUAUCUAAACCUUCAAAUUCACGUGUAAAUUAUCGGUUAUAAAUUUAUAUUCGGACUUUAUCUAUUAUUAAUUUACAAUAUAAAAUCAACUCAAUGUAUAUUAUCAAUCUUAAAGUUUAAUAUUUUAAAUUGGAGGCUAGCACUUCUAAUUUGUUCCAUUCAAUUUUUCUUUUUGCUUUUUAUUGUGUUUUUUAGCAAAUAUAACAAUAAUUUAAAUGGGAGAAAUAAAAUUUUAAAUAACAUAUUGAAUUAUAGUUUAGUAUGUACAUACCUUUCAUACAUCUUAUGUAUUUAUGUCCAAAUUACAAAAGAUGAAAGUAUAUAUAAUUAUUAAAUAACAAAAAACGUCCCAAGAAUUGAAAAAACGUGGAAGGUUGGGAAGGGCAGAUAUUAGGGACGAAAGUUGGUUGAGUUUAAAUUUUAAACUAUGAUACAUCUUCAUUCAUAUACAUUUAAUAUAAUAAAAACAAACUCUUGUAUUUUAACUCAAAUAGACUUUUAUAGGUAUAGUAUUUUUCUUUUGUUUUGUUGGUUACGUUGCUAUGGGAAUAUUAAAUAGACGGAUUGAUGCAGUAUGUCCUCCCUCAUAUUCAUAACCACUUAAAAUUUUCAUAUCCAAUCCAUCACUUAUAACGUAAAAUUUUCACACCCAUGUCUGCCCCACCUGGGUAUUCAAACUCAUCCCCACUACUAUGUCCAACUGAAUAUAUCCAUCAUGGGUAUAAACACCUUAUUCUGGCCGCUUCAAAUUCAUUACAAGUACGCGUGAUAUACUUUAUUAAUCCUUACGGAUUUAAUUAUACAUCUAAUUUUUUUAAAACAAUGUAGUAAAUAAAAUUAAUAUCCUUAUAUUUUUAUAAUAGUUUUUAAUAAAAUACAAAAUUGAUUUAAAUUAGUAUUCUAAUUUGUAGAUUUAGGAUAGGCAACUAUAGGGCGAAAUGAAUGAGUAUUGGGUGGAGCGGAUGGGUAUGAAAUUAGAAGGUUGAAUAAAUUAAAAAAAAUUUCAUAUAAAAAUACUUCAACUUAAUUUAUAUAUCCAUAAAAACUUAUAUUUAAAAUUUUUCUCGCAUUAUAUGAAAUAUUCUAUUUGUAACCUUUAAAUCUUUAAUAUAAAACCGAGGGGUAUUAAAUAAAGUAUUAUGUAAUUGUCCCACCAAUAUAAUUACAUGAGCCAAACCCUACUAUUUAGGAAAGAUUAAUUAUUAUUAUUAUAAUAAACCACAAUUAACAAGGUUGUGUUCCUUCGUUUGCUCUCUUGAGCAUGAAAGUCAUCCUCUUUCUCUCCUUAAUCUUUCUCUUAUUAAGUCAAAUUAAAAGUUUAAAUUUUACUAAGAUAGAAAAAUUAGAGUAAGAGAAAUAAAAAAGAAAGGAGGAAGUAAAAAUAGAAAUAAAAAUGGGAAGAGCUCCUUGUUGUUCUAAAGUUGGCUUGCAUAGAGGUCCAUGGACUGCUAGGGAAGAUGAUUUGCUAAUCAAAUACAUUGACGUUCAUGGUGAAGGCCAAUGGAGAUCUAUGCCUAAAAAGGCUGGACUUCUAAGGUGUGGAAAGAGUUGUAGAUUGAGAUGGAUGAACUACUUAAGGCCAGAUAUCAAGAGAGGAAAUAUUACUCCGGAUGAAGACGACCUAAUUAUUAGGUUACACGCCUUAUUAGGCAAUAGAUGGUCUAUAAUUGCUGGAAGAUUGCCCGGUAGAACUGAUAAUGAAAUCAAAAAUUAUUGGAAUACCCAUUUAAGUAAAAGACUUCUUAGCCAAGGAACCGACCCGAAUACCCAUAAGAAACUAUCCGAAUCCGAGUUGAAAAACCUAGCCAAGAGUUACAACAAAAGAUGCACUAAGAGUUCUCCAUGUACUAAAAGAAGAAAACUUGAUGAACAAGGUACCCAUUUUAACAAAGAUGAUGGUGGGCAAGUAGGGGAAAAAACCAAGAUCCAUUCACCCAAACCCAUUAGGGUUAGACCCGUUUGUUCAUUGACAAGACAUAAUAGUAAUAAAAGCUUAGAAAGUAACAAUAAUUUGAGUAAUAAUACAAGUAUAUCAUCUUCAAGUCAAUCCCAAACCCGAACCGAAACCCAGACCCAAACCCUAAUCCAAACGCAUAUGUUAAACAUGCCUUGGGUACCAUCAUAUAGUACAAGCAUGGAGAAUGAUGUGUUUGAUGAUUAUCAUCAUAGUAUGAUGAUGACAAUUGGAUCAUCAUCAUCAUGUGGUGAUAGUAAAGUCAACGUUGACUUUAUGCAACAUCAUAAUGAAGAAGUGGCUGCACCAGAUCAUAGUACUACUAAUCAGCAAUUUGAGAAGCUUUAUGAGGAAUAUCUACAAUUAAUCAAGGCAGAUCAUGAAAAUCAUUAUCAUGAUGAUAAUGAUAAUGAUGAUGGUGAUGGUGAUGGUGAUGGUGUAGGUGAAGCUCAACUAGAUUCAUUUGCUGAAUCUUUUUUCAUUUGAUAACAGUUGAAAAUAAAACUCCUCUUUACCCAUAGCUUAGAGUAAGUUGUUUUUUUUAAGUAAGUUUAUCGGAAGAAAAAGACAAAUAUCAAAGAGAGAAGAAAUGUACGGAUGAAAAUAUAAUAAGUGGUGUGAAUUAUUUUCAUACAAAAAAAAUGUAACAAACUAGUAAAAAACUCGGAGGCAAAUAGUUGACGACAUAAUAAGAGUAUUUUUAUGUUUCUGAUAUAAAGUUAAAUGACUUAAUAAGUAAAGUUACGAGCUAGAAUGCUUGCACGUUUGAGCAGACAAGAGCCUUCAGCUACUAACUUCUUCACAUGUAGAUUUUGUUUUGGAACAUAACUUGUUUGUUCCCCUUGUCCAACACCACACACUUAUACACCACAUUACAUUAUUAAAUUGAGUUAUGAGUCACCACAUCCAACAUUGAAUUGACUCUAUUCAGCAUAUAUACAUCCACUUAGACAAUUAGAUCAACUACAAUGUACAACUUAAGUUGUUGACAAUAGAGAAGAGAAGCAAAUACAGACAGGUAGAAGUAUGAUGAUCCAAUAAUGAAAAGUAAUUCCAAAUCGCCAUUUCAGUGAAAACCUUUCAGAAAUAAUAGGAAGUUGUUUGACUGAUUGGUUUGGUUCACAUGAAAUACCGGCAGAAAUAAGAGUAUUUUCGAUGGUUUGUCCCUCAUCAAUAAAUUAAAAAUGGUGUACACACUUUAUAGGUCAUUGGAG